AGUCCGUCCCGGCCGAGCGCGGCCGACAACUGCCCGCCAGCCGCCGAGGUCCGCUCUCUCGCCCAGCCACCAUGGCCGUUCCCGUCUGCAGUCCCGACCCCGGCUACAUCCGCACCGUUUUGGGCCAGCAAGGUCUGGACGAGCAGGACAGUUCCACGCUCGCCUUGCCGUCGAAGCUGUCGGGCGGGAGAGCCGAAGCGCAAAAGUCGCUCCGCAUUCAGCGGCAAAUCCAACAGACCUUGGCCCGAAAAAGCAAAGGCUCCCUAAUCAACGAUUGGGUCCCAAAGCAGCUAUGAAAAUGGCUGGGGCCCUCGCAGCCUCCCUUACAACUACAGGGCAAUGGAAGAGAGAUUCCACAGGCAGCCAUUGAAGAGAUUGGAGGUUUCACCUGAGAGCACUCCCGAGAAGCCGUUUCUCUUCCACGCUGACAUGCGAUAUAACAAGGCUUUAACAUUUCGACAGAAUGAGAGCAAGAGAGCCUGCGCCUUGCCGCCAAGAUACGCUCGCUCUGAAAUCCUUGGCUACACAAGCCGCAGCCCUUCCAGCAGAGGCCCCAGGCAGUUCUACAUUGAGCCGACCAAUGAGACGAUGGUGGACUAUAUACCUUUCAGUCCAGGAGUGCCUCUGUAUCAGCGUGUGAGGAAUAGCCAGAGUAUGAGCAAUAUUUUCGAGAAGGAGAAUUAUCCCACUUCCGGGGCUGCGAUGGGCCAAGCCAGGUCUUCUAUGCAUUCCCAAGUUGGAACCCAGCACAGGCAUUCAAGCUGGCAUCAGAGCACCGUCAGCAAGCAGAGCACGAAGGAAGCCUCCAUGUCAACUUCAUUCUCUGAGGGAGGUGGGAAGAGGACGACAAUGACCGCGGCUAUGGCUGCUGCUGGAGCAAAGGGCAUCGUUGAGCAGGAAAGGAUGUCUGCCGGCAGAUGUCAAAUAGGGAAUCCAGAAGCAGAGAUGAACCUGGAGCGUGCAGUACAUAUAUUGCAAAGUGAAAAUCCUUUGUCCCCUCGAGUUCUUUCAGCAAUUGUUUUUAUACAGCACGAGAGCUUUCAGAGAGCAGAAGCCAGAAGGAAAGUCUAUUCUCUAGUUGGUAUUCCCAAACUUUUAGAGCUUCUGAAUGUGCAGAAUGAAGAAGUACAAAGGGCAGCGUGUGGAGCUUUAAGGAACCUGGUAUAUGAAGACAACGACAACAAAUUGGAAGUGUCCGAGCGGAAAGGCAUUUCAAUCCUGCUGAGAUUACUGCGACAAACCAGAGAUGUGGAGACUAAAAAGCAAAUUACAGGUUUGUUGUGGAAUCUCUCCUCCAAUGACCAGCUGAAAAAUGUAUUGAUCCGGGAAGCCCUGCAGCCAUUGACAGAAACCAUCCUUAUUCCUUAUACUGGAUGGCCAGAUAGAGAUUAUCCAAAAUCGAGUAUCAUCCCUGACCCUGAUAUCUUCUACAAUGCUACAGGAUGCCUGAGGCUACAGAGAAUUGUGUGUGCGUUCUACAUAAUCUUUCUUACCAGUUAGAGGAUGAACUCCCUAAUCAUUAUACUGAGAAACUCUAUGUGCCAAAAGGGGAUGAUCCAUCCAGGAACAACAUUGGAUGUUUUGGAACAAGGAGCAGGAAAGCAAAGCAGGUAACAGAGAUGAAUGUCAUGGGGGUUAAUAUGGUGGUGGGGGCUUUAUCUAUAUUCAGUCUAGAAUGUGGGCACAUCAUAGAGAUUAAGAUGCCAUUUGGGGUGGCUCAUAUCAUUGUCAAGAAGGCCAAUGGACUCCCAAAUAUUAUAAGCAUGCUACAUGUGAGCAACGUAAGCGUCAGGAAAACAGCAGUCUCCUUACUCAGGAACUUGUCUCGUAACACCUUGCUGCACAAUGAAAUAGCCAGAGUACUAUUGCCAGAAUUGAUGGCCAUGCUGCCAAAUUAUGUCCCAACGUCCAAUGUGGACAACGAUAUUGCGGCUUCUGCUUGCUAUGCUUUGUACAACCUGACUCAAAACAGUUCCUCAAACGCUCGGCUUCUCUUGAACAAUGAUGGCGUUUCAAAGGUUAUUAAUAUCAGCCAAAGUGACAACAAAAGUGGCAGAGCCGCCUCGAUCCUCUUGUAUUCCUUAUGGUCUCACACUGAUCUCCAUAGUGCUUACAAAAAGGCUGGAUAUAAGAAACUGGAUUUCAUCAACAAUCGAACAUUAAGAGCCUAUAAUUUACUGAGAGACUGAAAACCUGGAGGGGUCUUAAAGAUCUUUGUGGAAAAACAAUACAGACAUGUUAGCAUCGUUCACUCAGUACCAAGAACUGAGAAAAAGUGAAAGAGUGUUUUAUAUUUACAAAUGAUGUCUGGAAUAAAGUGCUAAUCCCCAUA